AUGUUCGCAUUCCUCCCCAUCGUCUCACUGUGUGCCGCCUCAGCGCUUGCGCAGUCAAGCUCCAGCGUAUUUGAUUUCCUCGAAUUCCCUCCAGCGGGCACACCAGAUCCCAACUCUACCCUGGCAAACUCAGUAGCCCGACCUCCCUUCAGCCUCACAUCCAACCCUGCUCUCACAGAGGCUCUCCUCCACUACGACACUGGUUUUUAUGGCGAGCUCGAGCUCGUCCAUGCCUACUACAACUAUUGGCCAGUAGGCGUCGGGGUGGCCAGCGACGGCACCGUCUUCACAACCUUCCCGCGGGGGAACGAGACUUACACCUUAGCAGUGUUCUCCAGUCCCACCACAGAAGCACCGUGGCCUAAUGAGGAGUGGAACACGCCACCAGCCUUUGCAAACGAGAGCAGCCCCGGCUACAGCGUCGCGACCGAGAAGUUCCUCCUCAUACAGUCCGUCGUCGUCGACGGACUCGAUCGCGUCUGGGCGCUCGACACCGGCCGUCCGGAGGUGAACGGCUCGUACCUGCUCGCAGCCGUCCCCGGCGGGCCUAAGCUCGUCGGCUUCUACCUCAACGGCACUAACUUCGCCACGUACACGUUCCCGGCGAAUGUGGUGUAUGCCGACUCCUCGAUCAACGACGUGCGCUUCGACCUCCGCGGGCCCGGCUAUGCGUAUAUUACAGACAGCUCGCCGAACCGCCCCGGGCUCGUCGUUCUCAACCUUGCCACUGGCGAGUCGUGGAGGCAUCUGGACGGCCAUGCGUCAGUGAGUCCUGACACCAGCUUUGUUCCUGUGUUCGAUGGAGUUCCGUUCUAUUUGUACCCGGUCACAACGCCGUAUGCCAUCAACAACUUUGGCCUGUAUGCGGCGGACGGUAUUGCAUUGUCAGCCGAUGGGCAAUACCUUUACUUCUCCCCGCUUGCUAGCAGGCAUUUCUGGCGCAUACCCACUUCGUACCUGAAGCAGCAACCGGGACCGACCAACCCCGCCGCCUACCUGCUUGCCAAGCAGGCCGUCCAGAGCUUGGGCGAAAGCGGGAGCAACGCCGACGGAAUGGAGACGGACAGUUCCGGGUACAUUUACUCGGGCGCGCCUGAACAUAAUGCGGUCGUGCGAUACAAUCCUGCCACCGGUAUCAUGGAACCAUUCGUUCGGUCGCCCUUCAUUCAGUGGCCCGACACCUUGUCUGUGGCCACGCUACAGAGCGGCGGAAGCUAUGUAUACUUCACAUGUUGUGGCUCGGACCAAACUAUCAGAACGGGACUGACCUCCGCACGAGGCCGUGGGCUAUGUUCAGGGCACCCAUCAACGCCAGUAAAGCAACGCAGCUGGAUUGAUGAGACGACGGCGCAGCUCGAUUUAUGGGAUAUCAGACUGCACGAUGCUGACUGCACGAUGAUCUCGUUUGACAUUCUGCCAUAUGAGCUGUUUGCCUUGCAUAUAGUCAAGUCUCACGGGCUUGCAAAGACGGCGUCGAUGGAGAGAGAAAGCGGCUAUUGUAGGCUGAUCGAGGGUGCCGGCAUCGUCACGCACCUGAGGGCGGAAGGUCGCGAGCCUCGAACCAAUUGGCGAUCGAAGCUACGCAAGCUCCGGACGGUUAGAGACGUGAACAUACGCGCGUGGUCACUCGGACCCCCUUCAAAACUUGUUUGUUCGGACAUUGCCAUUCGGGCAUGUUGGAACAACCGGUGCGACGGCGCGGCGAGCGCGUUUGUCCACGAGCUAGCGAUGCCCGUAAGGGACAAUCGCGUGCGAGGCCUCCGGCCCCCGGCUACUCGCGCGCCCGAGCUUGCGAGCUCAUUCCUGACCACGCGGCACGACGACGGGACACCACUCGAGCGCCAAUUGGCGCUACCGAACGAGCAGUGGAUGCGCUGGUCCACGCCAUCCGACGCUCACCUCGAUGCCAUGUGCUUGCUCGCUGUGCACAGCCUGGCAUCAUCUUCGCCGAACGUCGACGCCGUGCUGCUGCAAAUCCUAGCUCUCUCCAACACUAUUUUCUCCGCGCAGCCGGAUUCGAAAUACGCAUCGCUUGCGCUUUGGCGCGAACGUCUGUCGCACCAGGAUGCGCAGCUCAUCUAUCUGACGCUGGCCGACGCCGCAGAGCCCAUCGCCUUCCUUUUCGCGCACCCGCGCCUGCAUGACCCGUCGCUUCCCGUGUCCAGCACCACCGAGUCGCUGCAUGUCUGGCUCGCGGGCGUGCUGCCCGAGUAUCGGAAGCAUGGCUGUCUCGCGCUCAUGAUGGCCAAGCUCGCCAUGCAUGCAGCGCGCCCGCUGACGGUGUGCACGACGCCUGCGACCUACCCGGACAUGUACCGCUGGCUCGUCCGCAAUGGCUGGCUGGAAGAGCGGGGUUUGGCGGACGGGAAGCUGAUGCUGGCCAAGGUGGUUCCGCGCCCGGCCCAGGCAGCAUAG